AUGGUCACCACAAGAUCACAAUCUCGCUUCGGCGUCGCCUGUCCCUCCCCUGCCGCUUCCGCUUCCUCCUCAUACCAAGUCCGCACGAGAGCCCAAGCUCCGAGCGCCGCCGCUGCCACCGCCGACAAGAAGAAGCCGACGAUGAAGAAGAAGAAGAAGAAGAAGGAAGUGAGCUUUGCUCCGCUGCCGGAGAUGGAGGAGAACCUAUUUGCGAGGGAGAUAAUUGCUGAGGAGAAGAGGGCGUUGAAGGAGAGGUUUCGGGCGAAGAAGGAGAGGUUUCGGGCGAAGAAGGAGAGGAGGGCGGCGAGGGCGGAGGGGAGGGAGAUUCCGGAGUGGGCGAGGAAGGAGGAGAGGAGUAGGAGAUAG